AUGCCUUUUGGUGGGUUGAAAGGUUUGAAGGAGCAGGUGUUGAAGCCUGGGAAGGAGGAGGUGAAGAGCAGUGUGGGCGACUCUCUGGGAAAACUGCAAAGAAAAAUAGAUGGUAGCAACAUAGAAGAAGAGGACAACAUUGAGCUGACAGAGGAUGGGCGACCCGUGCGAUCAGCAGGACUUCCUGCCCCACUGGUGGACUGCAGCUGUGGCGGUCUCCCUAAACGAUAUAUCAUCGCCAUCCUCAGCGGCCUGGGCUUCUGCAUCUCCUUUGGCAUUCGGUGCAAUCUUGGUGUGGCCAUCGUGGAGAUGGUGAACAACAACACUGUCUAUAUCAAUGGGACUCCAGUGCUUCAGAUGGCUCAGUUCAACUGGGAUCCAGAGACAGUGGGGCUGAUCCACGGCUCCUUCUUCUGGGGCUACAUCGUCACUCAAAUCCCCGGUGGCUUCAUCUCCAACAAGCUCUUUGCCAACAGGGUGUUUGGGGCGGCCAUUUUCCUGACCUCAGUGCUGAAUAUGUUUAUUCCAGCAGCUGCUAGGGCUCACUACGGCUGCGUCAUGUUUGUCCGCAUCCUGCAGGGCUUAGUGGAGGGUGUCACCUACCCAGCAUGCCAUGGGAUGUGGUCCAAAUGGGCGCCACCUCUUGAGCGGAGUCGACUGGCCACCACUUCAUUCUGUGGAUCCUAUGCGGGAGCAGUGAUCGCCAUGCCUUUAGCUGGAGUGCUCGUUCAGUACGUUGGCUGGUCUUCAGUCUUUUACAUCUAUGGAGUUUUUGGGAUCUUAUGGUACAUACUGUGGCUCCUGCUGGCGUACGGAAGUCCUGCUGAACAUCCCACAAUCACCGAAGAGGAGCGGAUGUACAUCGAGACGACCAUCGGUGAAACAAUCCACCAACUGAGUGCAACUGAGAAAUUCAAGACUCCAUGGCGUCGUUUCUUCACCUCCAUGCCCGUCUACGCCAUCAUCGUGGCCAACUUCUGCCGCAGCUGGACCUUCUACCUGCUCCUCAUCAGCCAGCCGGCCUACUUUGAGGAAGUUUUCGGUUUUCCCAUCAGCAAGGUGGGGAUCCUGUCUGCUGUCCCCCACAUGGUGAUGACAAUUGUAGUCCCUAUCGGGGGUCAGCUGGCUGACUACUUACGCAUCAACAAAAUCAUGUCGACCACAAACGUGAGAAAACUCAUGAACUGUGGAGGUUUCGGGAUGGAGGCCACUCUGCUGCUGGUGGUUGGGUUUUCUCACACUCGAGGAGUCGCCAUCUCCUUCCUCGUUAUGGCUGUGGGCUUCAGUGGAUUUGCCAUCUCAGGUUUUAAUGUCAAUCAUCUGGAUAUUGCUCCUCGCUAUGCCAGCAUCCUGAUGGGUAUUUCUAACGGUGUGGGAACCCUCUCUGGGAUGGUGUGUCCCCUGAUUGUUGGAGCUUUGACGAAACACAAGACUCGUCUGGAGUGGCAGAAUGUCUUUCUUAUUGCGUCCAUGGUGCAUUACACAGGGGUCAUCUUCUAUGCCAUCUUUGCUUCGGGAGAGCAGCAGGUCUGGGCCAACCCCGAGAGCACAAGUGAGGAAAAAUGUGGCAUCAUUGAUGAAGACGAGCUGGCUGAAGAGACAGAGCUCCAAAGCGAAAACACUGUGGCCCCCAAAAUGAGUUAUGGCACAACAGACAAUUCAUCUGGCCGAAGACAUGGCUGGAAAAAGAAGAGAGGUGUGACCAUGCAAGAGGAGGAGGAACAUUGCGGGAACGGGGACUUCCAGGACGGGUACCAGUGA